AUGAAUCCCGACGAUAUCCCGCACUGGACGUUCUCACUGUCGCCGCCGCCCCUGCUCGAUGACCCGCUCAGCCACAAUGAAUUAUUCCCCAGCUCGCCGGCGCCGCUGUCCGCAUGGCAACCUUCUUCCUCAUUUGCCAUUGCUGAGCACAGAGCAUUCGGCAGCAUGCCGUCGUCUGAAUGCUUAACCAACAUGCGCCAGAGCUCGGACACGGGGACGGAGAGCAGUCGGGGAUUCCGGCACAUGAUGCGAGAGAGGCAGAGGAGGGAGAGUCUCAGCCAAAGCUACGCCGACCUCCGCUCCAUUCUAUCUUCUAAAACAAAGGGAGACAAGGUUUCGAUAGUUCAGGAGGCAGGGGAGCACUUGGAGGAGCUGCAGAAGGCGAGGGAGAAGCUCCGGAGGCGAAACAAGGAGCUCGAGAUGGCUGCUGCAUUGAGGAAUUUUGCGACGGGUCCAAAGGCUCCUUCAAUCGAAGUUUGUGUCACUAAUUCUUCAUCAACGUUCGACUCGAUGAUCUCCGCUCUUCGUUGCCUGAAGCAGAUGGAGCUGGUGGUCGCCGCCGUCCGAAGCAGUUCCGGUGGCCGGGAUUGGUCGAUGGAGGUGAGCAUCUGUGAUCGGAAGGUGGAAAAGUAUGAGGUGGAGAGAGCGAUGAAGACGGCUCUGAUGCAAAUGGAGGAGGAGGAUUCCGUUACUUGCCUUGUGAAGAACAUAGAUCAUGAUUCUCGAGGAUGGAAAUUAUGCUGAAUAUCUUCAUAUUUGCACCCCUAGUGAUCCUCUAAAAUAGUCAUUACUCUUUAUCAAUGAUUUUGAAUACUUUAAAGU